AUGACUGAAGCCCUUCGACUAUGGUACAAGGCGCCUGCGUCAAAAUGGCCAGAUGCACUGCCUAUCGGCAACGGAAGAUUAGGAGCCAUGAUAUAUGGCGAGAUACAACAGGAACGAUGGCAACUAAAUGAGGAUUCGGUCUGGUAUGGUUGCGCGACCGAUCGUAAUCCCAAAGAUGCGUUAAAAUAUCUUCCAGAAUUGAGAAGACUACUCAAUGAGGGUCUCCUUAAGCAGGCAGAGGAUCUCGUGGGUAAGGCAUUCAUUGGUAUGCCGGAAUCUCAACGCCACUAUGAGCCCCUUGGCCAUAUCAACCUCACCUUUCUGCAUCUGAAGGAUCAGGUGACGAAUUAUCGCCGCCACUUGGAUUUGAAUGAUGCCGUGGCCGGGGUUUCUUACGAGAUAGACGGGGUGUGCUAUCGUCGAGAGUCCUUGUCUAGUUACCUCGACGGUGUCAUAGCAGCAAAGUUCUCGGCUUCACAUCCUGGCAUGGUGUCGUUCGAUAUGAGACUAUUCCGCGGCCUCGAUACCAAUGUUUAUAUGGACUCUAUCAGAGUUGUUGGUACCACCCUUAUAAUGAAAGGACAGACCGGAGGCAAUGGCGUACAGUUUUGCCUCGUUGCAACAGUGAUAAUAGAAGGAGGGAGUAUCGAGAGUAUCGGGGAGACGAUUGUUGUAAGAGACGCAAAUGAGGCGUCCAUCAUAAUUGCUGCAGAAACCACAUUCCGCCACAACGACCCUGAAGCUACCUGUCUACAACUAGUCGAGAAAGCCAUUCCAAGGGGAUAUGACCAGCUGAGGACUCGUCAUGUAAAGGAUUAUCAAUCCUUAUUCUCCCGCGUUGACUUCCGCCUUGGAAGUGACGAGUCGCAGAAUCUCGCAACAUCACAAUCCACCAGCGAAAGGUUAGCAUUAGUAAAAUCAGGGACUCUCGAUUUGGGUCUCGUUGCUUUGUAUUACCAAUAUGGACGAUAUCUACUAAUCUCCUCGAGUCGGCCGGGGCUCAAAGCACUGCCUGGCACGCUUCAAGGUAUCUGGAACGAGAGUAUGAGCCCUCCAUGGGGCUCCAAAUUCACCAUCAACAUUAACACUGAGAUGAACUAUUGGCUCGCCGAGACAUGCAACUUAUCCGAAUGUCACGAGCCACUGUUCGCUCAUAUGAAACGGCUGCAACAGAAUGGCAAAGUAACGGCACGUAAGAUGUAUGACUGUCGUGGCUGGGUUGCGCACCACAAUACCGACCUCUGGGCAGACUCAGCACCGCAAGAUAGAUGGAUUCCUGCUACACUUUGGCCAAUGGGUGGUGCGUGGCUCUCUACUCAUAUAUGGCAGCAUUAUGAAUUUUCUGGCGACAAGGCUUUCCUGGCAGAGGCAUAUGAUGUCCUGCGCGGUAGCGUGGAAUUCUUCUGCGAUUUCCUGGUGGAAAAGGAUGGCUAUAUGGUCACCAACCCUUCAUUGUCGCCAGAGAAUGUGUACAGGCUCCCGAAUGGGGAAGAAGGUUCCUAUUCGGGGACUUCCUCGCAGCUGCUUCAAUCCUAUGCAAUGAAGAAGACGAGCCCCUCAGGAACCGUGUAA